CAGGAGGAGCGAAGAGAGGCAGAGCCUGGGCACCAUGGCUGGAUCCUCCGCUCUUGGGCUUCUCUUCCUAUGUCAGCUAUUAGCCACAACAUCAGCUCAGAGAGUAGGACCACAAGGCCCUCCUGGACCACAAGGACCCCCUGGACCAUCUGGCAAGGACGGCAUAGAUGGAGAGCCGGGCCCUCCUGGUUUGCCAGGCCCACCAGGGCCAAAAGGUGCACCAGGGAAGCCUGGAGCAGCUGGUGAAGCUGGAUUGCCUGGCCUUCCCGGAGUGGAUGGUUUAACAGGAACCGAUGGCCCACCUGGCCCAAAUGGGCCUCCAGGAGACCGUGGUGCAUUAGGACCUGCCGGGCCACCUGGACCAGCUGGCAAAGGACUACCAGGACCUCCAGGCCCUCCAGGACCCAGUGGGCUCCCAGGUGGAAAUGGAUUUCGGGGCCCUCCUGGACCUUUUGGUCUGCCAGGAUUUCCAGGGCCUCCUGGACCACCCGGACCUCCUGGUCUUCCAGGCACCCUUCCCGAUGGCGGUGGGGACCUUCAGUGCCCUGCUCUGUGCCCACCGGGUCCUCCGGGUCCCCCAGGAAUGCCAGGGUUCAAGGGACACACCGGUCACAAAGGAGAACCUGGUGAAAUAGGAAAAGAAGGAGAAAAGGGCAACCCUGGCCCUCCCGGUCCUCCGGGCAUUCCCGGCAGCGUUGGCCUGCAGGGCCCAAGAGGACUAAGAGGCCUCCCUGGUCCAAUGGGUCCGGCCGGCGACAGAGGUGACAUUGGUUUCAGAGGGCCACCUGGAAUCCCAGGACCUCCAGGGAAAGCUGGAGACCAAGGAAACAAAGGACCUCAAGGAUUCAGGGGGCCCAAAGGCGACACUGGUAGACCUGGACCAAAAGGAAACCCAGGGGCUCGUGGACUCAUAGGAGAACCUGGCAUGCCUGGCAAGGAUGGACGGGAUGGAGCUCCUGGACUCGAUGGUGAGAAGGGUGAUGCAGCUCCCAUGGGUGCUCCUGGAGAGAAGGGGCCGAACGGACUCCCUGGACUGCCUGGAAGAGCAGGUAGUAAAGGCUCAAAGGGUGAACCAGGCAGCCCUGGAGAGAUGGGAGAGGCAGGUCCCUCUGGAGAGCCAGGCAUCCCUGGCGAUGUUGGUAUUCCUGGUGAGAGAGGUCUGCUGGGACCCAGAGGAGCAACUGGCCCACUUGGUCUUCAAGGCCCGAUGGGAGCCCCCGGUGUCAGAGGUUUCCAGGGUCCCAAAGGUGCCAGUGGGGAGCCUGGCCUUCCUGGUCCUACUGGAAUUCGUGGAGAGCUAGGUGACAGGGGUCCUACUGGUGUUCCUGGUCCCAAAGGUAACCAGGGCAUUGCUGGAGCAGAUGGCCUCCCAGGUGACAAAGGAGAACUGGGUCCCUUUGGUCCCCCCGGCCAAAAAGGAGAGUCAGGAAAAAGAGGAGAACUUGGUCCAAAAGGUGUCCAAGGACCUAACGGGACAGCUGGAGUACCAGGGAUCCCAGGACAUCCAGGGCCCAUGGGCCAUCAGGGGGAGCAAGGCGUUCCUGGCAUCACGGGAAAACCUGGGCCUCCUGGCAAAGAGGCCAGUGAACAACAUAUAAGAGAACUCUGUGGGGAAAUGAUAAAUGAUCAAAUUGCACAGUUAGCUGCUAAUCUGAGAAAGCCCUUGUCUCCUGGAAUGACGGGUCGUCCUGGCCCAGCUGGUCCCCCAGGUCCUCCGGGAGCAACGGGAAGUGUUGGGCACCCUGGUCCUCGCGGUCCCCCUGGAUACAGAGGGCCAACAGGAGAACUUGGUGAUCCUGGUCCCAGAGGUGACACUGGCGAAAAGGGAGAUAAAGGACCUGUUGGUCAAGGUAUCGAUGGGCCUGACGGCGAUCAAGGACUUCAAGGCCCACCUGGUGUACCUGGAAUUACUAAAAAUGGUCGCGAUGGUGCUCAGGGUGAACCCGGUCUUCCAGGGGAUCCUGGUACUCCUGGUGCUAUUGGGGCUCAGGGAACUCCAGGAAUAUGUGACACGUCGGCUUGCAUGGGAGCUGUUGGAGCAUCAACGUCCAAAAAAUCAUAAAACAACAGUACAAGAAGUGGAGAAGUGACUGAAUAUUUAAAUAAAGAGUGCAUUGUAAGAAAACAGACAGAAUCCUCCUAGUGAUAAAUGGACAGAUGUUCCUUCUAUUAUAUUAAGCGGAGACUUUGCCACAGUUCUAUGAAAAAGCAUCAGAUGAAAACCUUUAAUUAAAAGAUGCUUUAUGAGUAUUUUCUCCUCCCCCCGAUUAUUUUCCAGAAUUUUUACUGCUAAACAACCUCACCUUCCCGUUCUCCCCUUGUUCAAGAGACCUGCAAGAGGAAGCAUUGUUCCUUUUUACCACCCCCCCCAACCCUGUACUAAAGGCCACUUUUCUGUAUAAACGUUUCGGCCUCGUCAGUCGAAUUCCUUGGUGCCGCUCCCACUGCCCCGUUAGUGCACAAACCUGCGGACGAGACACGUUGUUGAGGCGUUCGGGCACCUGACUGCCACUUGCAUCAGUGGAAAUCAGGCAUUUAAAUAUCCCAUAUUUUACUACCUUAAGAUUCCGGCCUAAGUAAAGACCAUAGCUGAUGUAUAUGCUGUCAAUUACCAAUUUUCAGAUUGCACCUCAAAUAUUUGCCAAGACUAGUAAAUAGUAAUCCUCUCGCAAUCAAAUUCUGCAAAAGGUGUAAUGUAUAUAUUUUAAUUUACAGGGGAGAAUUUUUGUAUCUUUCCAUACGAUAAUAAAGGAAAUUAAGUAACAGCAUUUUCACGACCUCUACGUAAGCUAUUUGCACAGUAAUUGUGAAUGAAACCCCACGUAAGAAAGGAUGCUCUUCUAAAGUCCAGCCAGAAACACCUGUAUGAACUGUUGUAAAAAUAAAAGGAGAUUUUUUU